AGGCCGUGGCCGAGCAGAGGCUGAGGUCCGGCGACGAGCCGGCUGGGUGCAUGGCCAGGCGGGACCGGGAGUUGCCCAGCCUUCUCUUCGCCGUGGAAGACAUUGCGACGGGGAGAAGAAGGACGAGCAUUGCUACGGCAGCAGCGUGCUCAGCUGGGCGCUGUGCUCCCGGGAGUCGCAGUACUGCAAGUGCUACUUCGGCGAGACCGAGGGUUGCCAGCUCACCAAGCUCGCAGACGAGGACCGCAUGCACAAGGGCCCCGCGCACAUCCUGGAAGACCCGCGCAAGAGCGUUCAGUCGCCCCUCCUUCCAAACACCGUUCCCAAGGAGGAGGCGUGGAAGCCCCUGGCCUCGACCGCGGACAACACCGAGCAUUUCGCGAGCUUCAAGCAGCGGUUCUCGGCGAGCGCCGCACACGCACACGCACACGCACACGCACACGCACACGCACACGCCUACACCUACACCUACACCUACACCUACACCUACACCUACACCUACACCUACACCUACACCUACACCUACACCUACACCUACACCUACACCUACGCCUACGCCUACGCCUACGCCUACGCCUACGCCUACGCCACCUCCUUUUUCCAUACCCAGACAAACGAGCAAGUCAUCACUUCGACGCUGUUCCUCUACAACAUCCCCUACAUGCUCUUCCCCUCGUGCCUGAUCGGCUCGAGGGUUUGCUGCAGCUCAGUUUCCACGGCGGACACGCCGGUCUAUUUUUACCUCCUCUACCAGACUGCGGAGGAGGAGUGCGUGGAAAACAACGUGGUAGCGGAGCAGGUGCGAUCUCGUACCUGCUCCCAGUGCGCGAAUGCCGAACGUCGUUCCCGAACGCACGGACAGUACAACACCCUGCGCGACAUCAUGGCGAACAAACUUCAGGGAGCGGUGCCGGCCGCGGGUUUCAUCGCGCAGUCGAACACAAAGGUGUUCUACAACCGAGAAGAUCCAGAUAUUACCGAGACCAGCGAGGAUUAUGGCGAGGCGUUGAUGGAGACUAUGAUUCAGCUUGGGCCGAAGGCGACGGACGAGGAUUUGUGCAAGAUCUACGCGCUGACAAAGAAGCACUCGAAGGUGUCCGAUCUGAGCGCAGCAGUGGGUGGUCAUUUUUGUCAGAAGCUGGCGAUGGAGCUCUUUGUCCCAACUGUGCUUGGGAACUCGCGGGAGUACUGCAAGGGAAGAGGCAAUGGAGAGAAGACGCACCCUCGCGGCGCUAUCGGACAGCCUUUGAAGUGCGACCGCUGUGGAAGCGACAAGCAUCUGUGGCGGAAGUGCGACGCUCCAGGAGCUGAUGAGAAUCGCAAGCGCCAGGCCAUGUCUGGCGGCAGUGGCUGCAUGACGACCGGUGGUGAUGCGGGCAAGGCGGCUCAAGACCAAUGCGGCAGUCAACCUGCGAGCGUUCUACCGCAGUGGCAGCAACUCACGGGGCAGCCGCCGGCGCCUGCAGCGACGCGCAACUUCUUCAUGACACCGAUGGCAGAGGCGAAGCACGAGGACGACUACUGCCUGGAAGGCAGGUUUUUGGAAGCUACGAGGUUCGAUGGCAUGGAGUGUUUGUUGCUCGACCCGGGAGCCUACGACAAUUUGGUAGGCGACCGCUGGGUCGAGCGCCAGGGCGAGCUGGCAAGGAACGCGAAGCUGGAGCCGAUGCAGACAGAGAUGGACAAAGCCAUCGGCGUGGAGGGCGUCGUAGCUAGCGCUCAGAUCGCGCAGGAUGAGAUCAAGAUGCCGGGUGUCGCGAAGGAUGUGCAAGGCAAGCAGGACCCGGGCGCGCUCGCCGUGUUGCCCGACGGCCUGCGGGCCGACCGCGAUCUGGUGCUGGAGGCGGUGCGCUUCCAUCCGCUGGCGCUGGCGCUGGCGGGCGAGGGGCCGCGUGCAGACAGGGAGGUCGUCCUGGAGGCGGUGCGGGGCAGCUGGCGCGCGCUGGAGGAGGCGUCGGGCGAGCUGAGGGCCGACCGCGAGGUCGUGCUGGAGGCGGUGCGGCAGAGCUGGAUGGCGCUGGAGCACGCGUCCGAGGGGCUGCUCGAGGACCUGACCGGGAGAUCCUGCUGGAGGCGGUGCGGCAGGACUGGCGCGCCCUGCGCCGCGCGGCGCCCGCCGUGCACGGCGACGAUGGCGUGCUGCUGGCCGCGCUGGCCGCCGGCCCCGGCGCGCUGUCCCUCGCGCC